AUGCAAAAUUCACGACGAUUUCUGCACACAACGAGUGCAUUGUUCGCGGCAGAAUUUCGGCAAUGUUUCGAGUUGCCAGCACAAUACGACUAUCGGCAGUGGUUUCCGAUGCAUAUGUCGGUGCAGUUGAAGAAAAUGGAGGCGAAAUUGCGCUCGGUCGAUUUGGUUAUUGAGGUCCACGACGCCCGAAUCCCAGUCACCGGCCGAAACGAGCAAUUUUUUCGUCAUCUCUACGCGAUUCGUCCACACAUCCUUGUACUGAACAAGUGUGAUCUCAUCGAUAUGAAAAGAUACAAAAAACGAAUCGAGGAUUACUACUAUGAUAGAGGUGUACAAAAAGUGUUGUUCACCGAUUGCAAGAAACGACUUCCCAGGGCGCUGAACGAUGUGAAGACGUCGAUGUUGUACGCGUUGGAGAAUACGCCAAGAUUCAAUCGAACCGUCAAAACAGAGUAUCAGGCGAUGGUUGUGGGAAUUCCGAAUGUCGGAAAGUCGUCGUUGAUUAAUGCAAUGCGGACGCAUACGCUUGGGAUUAAGAGGAAGGCGGUGGAAGCAGGCGCCCGACCCGGAGUCACCGUCCGUGUCCAAAAUCGGGUUCGAAUCAUGGACAAACCGCCAAUUUACAUCAUCGACACGCCGGGAGUCCUCUCCCCGGAUCAUCGAAAUAUCGAGGACGCGAUGAAGUUGGCUCUGUGCGAUUUAGUGUUGGAAUCACACGUCAAUCUCUAUUAUCUCGCCGACUAUUUGCUCUUCUGGCUCAAUCAAUCCAACGAUUUCUCCUAUUUGAAAUUAUUGGGGAUUCAGGAGCAACAGAAAGAGCCGAGUGAUGAUAUUCAGGAAAUACUCGCGAAGACGUGUGCGGCGAACGACUUCCGAAUCCAGCGAAGUAUGGGAGAACGAUGGGAUUUCGAUCGUGGCGCCAAACACUUCAUUCAGUUGUACAGGAAUUCCAAAUUCGAGAACUCUAAUUUGGAUCAUCACUUGUUUUAG